AUGAUUUGUUUUUCUUCAAGCCGCUUCAAUCUUUCCUUCAUUAUGAUAACUUGCCUAUGUCAAAACUCAACAUCCAACAAUGAUAAUAAGGUUCCUUAUUAUUUGCCUUCCGAUGGAGGAGGUCAAAGUCUCAAUAAAAUUCCUUCCAAUGGUUUAGGUGAACCCUUAAAUGUGAUCAUUUCUGCAAAAAGUUCACCUGAAGUCCUUACUGAUUCAGGGUUUGCAAAAUUUGCCAAAUCAAUCGGAUUUUCUCAAGAAUGUUUAGGACUUCAUUUAGGCGAUAUUCAAUCAGCCAAUCUAGGUGACGGAAAUGGUUGGCUGAAUCAAAAAAAGGUAUAUCGUCAAGAUUAUGGUGACCCUUUACUAGGAAGUUGUUUAGAAUCCUUGAUAGGAGGAAACCAUUUCCGUUAUUGGCGUCAAGAUGGUGCAAAGGCUUCAAGUGGUGCAUUAUUCUUAACAGUUUCUUCAGAAGAAGAUUCAGAAAAAUCUCAUAAAAUCAUUUCCAAUGGUUACAAUCUAGGAAGAGAUAGACUAGUAAGGAAUGCUACUGAGAUUAAUACCACUUUUGGUAAUAGAAAUUAUUCUACUAAAGUUCAAUAUGUUAGUGGAAUGCUUGCUCCUGGAUCUGUAGGAGUCAAUCAUGGUAUCUCACAAGAUGGCAGAGUGGCUGUUCUCACUGUCACUG